AUGCUCGAGGAGAUAGGACCACCGCUGAAGCGAUUGAGAAGAUCAGGGAGUCCUGGCAGUUUGUCUUCUUACCCAGAAGCCCUGGCUCUGGAAGGGAUUAUAUCUCCUGGAGAGGAGGUUGGAGAUCAUAAUAAUGAUCAGCUCGCCAAUGAAGACGAUUCAGAAGAACGAGUUUCGAGCACACAAACAGAGCUAGAGAUUUCUCUCCUCCCGGUAACAACGGACAAAGAAGCGAUCGAGGAAUACGAGGCUUCGGGGGUCCGGGAACGGAUCAUCGGAAGCGAGGGGUCGGGUUUACACCGCCGCUAUGAAGAACGAGAAUGGGUGAAAGGCAAAAGCUCCAUAUAUGUAGAUGCGUUCAAUCUGGCAUUGGAAAGCGUUUUGGAGGACGAAUCUCAUCUAUUCGACGAAGCGGAAAUGGAAGUGUUUAAACAUUGGAAGGGAUUAUGCUAUGAAUCACAGUAUUUAUAUGUACGUUUAUUCCUGCGCAAAACGUCGGCAUGGCAUCGUGUCAACCGCCUAGGUUACUACCAAGAUAUUGCGGAUAUGUCUGCCGCCGUGAAGGAUUUGAGACUGAAAAGGACGCUCCCAAUCUCAUCCAACCCCCUUCAGUCUUCGAUUUCAGUGGAACUGGAACCCCCUGAGAAUAUAAUUCUUGGCGGAAGUUUCCAAUUCGCUGAAGGAUUAGAACAAAUAACUACACUCGAAGAAGCGUCUUCUUUACUCCUUUUGGAAGAAUUAAAAUCUUUCUCAAAGGAUGCUAAAGUUCAGGGGAAAACUAAAAAGGAACUUUUGAGGGGAUUGCAGGAGUCUAGCAUCACUCAAGGAGGGCUUGAGUGGCCUCAGCAACCAAAAUCAGACGAUGGAACAUCCAGCGACUCUGACCUAAGUCAGACCAACAUGUCAUUAGCAAAGGUGAUGACACGAGAUUUGUAUUUUACCAAAAAGAUCUUGGACCACACAGGUGACUGUGUUAGACUUUCCUCUGCACCCCGGAAACUCUUCGAACGGGUCCAUUUACUUUUCUACCGGUCUACAGAAUGGACAGAAAAGUCCCUAACAACUAUUAUCCUAGCAAAAAUUUCGCGGAAAAACUACCCACACUAUAUCGUCUCGAGGUCAAAUUCCAUAUUCCCCUCAAGAGCCGCAUUGCUCGAGUUCGAGGCCGCCUUGCGAGUCCAGUUUGAUAUCGAUAAUACCCUAGAAUCUCCCAAUCUACCAAUUAUGAACAAAUUAACAAUUAUUAAAUCGCUCUCAAAGAGCGUUUACGGAAGAUGGAAGGCGCUGGUCGCUGAAGAACAACGCAGGGAAGAGCGGGUGUAUGAGACUGGAGAGGGCGCGUAUCUACGCCGCUUCUCUCCCGCCUGGGUGUACACUCGCAUCAUUCAUAAAGGCUUGUAUGCCUUGGGUCGUUUCAAAGAGUAUAAACGAGAGCAUGAGCUGUUGGCGGAACUGCUUGACCAGCGAUUGUUCCAUGCUGCUCGUCGAGGAGCGUGGUAUCAGCGCAAAGCUCUACUUGAAGAACACUAUAUGUGGUCUUUGAACCCCCUUGACAACCGCCCCGAAGAUGCACAGAGGAGGAAUUGGAAACGUAGAGCUCUUCGAACCUGCGAAGAGGGCCUUGAGGAUCCCGAUUGCCAUUUGAUAUACCACUAUGAUUUACAGAAGCGGAUUACAAAGUUGGAAAAGUCGCUCAAGGUCGCAAAGCGCGAACAACAUGAUUUUGGACAUGUUAUGUUGGUUAAGCCGGAGGAGCGGGUGGUGGAAGGGAUUCGGAUUGAAAGGGAGAUACCCAUUAGACCUAGUUCCAAGAACAAUUUAAGCUCUGCCUCCCAGAGAGGCAGAGCUACGGUUUGGGUAGAUGAGCGGGAAGGCGGGGGAGAAUGUAGAGUGGAAAACAUGUGCUUAAGUUGGUAUAGGGACAACGGGUGGAAGGGCUUCCAUUGCGAGAGUGGCAUUGUGCGCACAUUGUUCGGAUACCUUUUCUAUGACGUCCUGUUCACCUACGUCCCCAACGUCUUCCAGACCCCAUUCCAAACUUGCCCGUUGGACCUCCACACCGACUCCUUCUAUACCACCCGAGCUUCGGAAAUCAAUCACAGACUCGCCCAGAUCGCCAACGGGAAAGCCGAGCAGCUAAUUCGUGAGGUGCACGAUCGCGAAGCAGCGAAAGAAACCUGUGCCAUUGGCAUAGAUUGGUCUUUCGAGCUGGCUGACCUGGUUGAGAUUGUGCAAUGUUUCCGCGGCGAGGCGCUGGCUACUGUCUGCAAAGUGAUGGCUCAGGAGUAUCAGCAACGGGGCGGUGGCAUUCCGGACUUGUUCCUGUGGAGUCUGGAGAGGAAGGAGGUUAUGUUUGUGGAGGUCAAAUCGGAGAAUGAUCGGUUGAGUGAUACGCAGCGAUUGUGGAUUCAUGUCCUUACUGGUGCUGGGGUUAGAGUCGAGUUGUGUAAUGCUGUUGCCAGAGAGGUCAGGGUUGAAGGUUCUGGGGUUUGA